AUGGCUGGAGCCCUCGAAUACCUCGACCCUCGAACAACGAGGCUCUUUGUUGCCCAGAUUGUCUUUCUGGUUCUUGUCUGGGUUUUCGUAUUUCUCAGGGUCGUUGUAAGAACUCUGAUCGUGAAACAGGUGUCCCUACACGACUCGUUGAUGUUUACAUCCGUCCUCUAUACUGUACAAGCUGGCCUGACGUUAUGGGGUAUUGUUUGCGCAAGUAGUCAGGCCAAAACCGAUCUCAUAGCUGCAAGAAGCGUUGCUCUGCGCGUGUGGUUCCUGUGCGAGGUCAUAUACACACCGCUGUCGGCUCUCAUUCGCACCUCUAUCGCACUGUUUCUGUUGCGCAUAGUCGUCGCCAAGGCACACCAGCUCACCAUCUACGCUAGCCUCACAUUCAUCUGGACCCUGUCAACCGUAUAUUUCUUCAUCAUUAUGUUCCAAUGCAAUCCGCCCAUGUUUUUCUACGAGCAGGUCUUUGAUGGGCGGCGAGGAUACUGCAUCGAUCAUGAUAUAGUCCCCCGAGCAACCAUUGCACACAGCAUCAUGAGUGCCCUGACCGACUAUACCCUGGCCACCCUCCCAGGGGUUGUGCUAUGGGGCAUCAAGCGCAAUAAGAGAACAAAGAUUGGCAUUUGCGUGUUGCUCAGCAUGGGAAUUCUCGCUGGGGUCGCCAUAACAGUCCGCAUACCGUACGUCAGAUUCAUACCUAUUUUAUCACCGGACUUUCUGGACCAGACCGAUGGCGUCGCCUUCUGGAGCAUUGUGGAAACUUCACUCGGCAUCAUUGCUGGAUGCGCGGCAACCCUGGGGCCGCUCGUGCGAGGUUCGCCUGCCAAGGACGAGUGGGAACAGAGAUUGGCGGCCGAGGCUGAAGCAUGGCGGGCUGAGCGUCGUCAGCGGCGUCGUUCCCUGCCCAGAACCGUGGAUUCCUAUGCGCUCUCGGAUUCUUUGUUCCCCGGUGAACGGCUUGCCCGCGCCUCGGAAGGACAGGCUUCAGUUGCGGAACGACCUCUCACGCGUCUCCCGUCUACGUCUUCCAGAGUCUAUGUGCAGACCAGUAUCGAGAUAGGCGAACCGGAAUCAGACAACGGCAGGGGUACUCCACUGGGCUGGAUGCGCAAUCCGCCAUCGCCGGAGCAGCCGCAGUGCGUUGUUACCAACAUUUAUGGACCGGCCAGUCGUGGUCGGCUCCAUCAGGGCAGGUAUAAAAGGUAUACAGCAUGA